ACGCACAGUGCGCACACACACGCGCGCGCUGCCUCCCAGCAUCCUCACCACCUUCUUCUUCUACUUCUUCUUCUUCUUCUUCUUGGUCCACCUGGAGGCAGGGGGCGUCCACAGGAGACAAGAGCAUGAGGUGGUCCAUGUGUUAGACGCCCGCGAGUCCCCCCCUCCCCCAGGAAAAGCGUCCAUCAGCAUGUUCGUCAGCUUCGACGUGCUGUCGGCGUUGGCCACGCUGGCCGCGUGCGUGCUGUGCGUGGCGCUGCUGCUCGCCGUGUGUCAGCAGCUGUGGCAGCUCCGGUGGACGUCCACGCGGGACAAGAAGUGCAAGCUGCCCAUGCCCAAAGGCUCCAUGGGCUUCCCCUUCAUCGGAGAGACGUGUCAUUGGCUCCUGCAGGGUUCAGGAUUCCACGCCUCGAGGAGGCAGAAGUACGGCAACGUGUUCAAGACCCACCUGCUGGGCCGCCCGCUGAUCCGGGUGACGGGCGCAGAGAACGUGCGCAAGGUCCUGAUGGGCGAGCACACGCUGGUGACGGUGGACUGGCCGCAGAGCACGGCCGCCCUGCUGGGACCCAACUCGCUCGCCAACAGCAUCGGAGACAUCCAUCGCAAGAGGAGGAAGGUGUUUGCCAAAGUCUUCAGCCACGAGGCCUUGGAGUCGUACCUGCCCAAAAUCCAGCAGGUGAUCCAGGAGAGCCUGAGAGUGUGGAGCUCCAACCCUGAGCCCAUAAACGUGUACAGGGAGAGCCAGAGGUUGUCCUUCACCAUGGCGGUGAGGGUGCUGCUGGGCUUCAGGGUGUCCGAAGAGGAGAUGAGGCACCUCUUCUCCACCUUCCAGGACUUUGUCAACAACCUCUUCAGCCUGCCCAUCGACGUGCCCUUCAGCGGGUACAGGAAGGGUCUCCGAGCACGCGACACGCUACAGAAGAGCAUCGAGAAAGCCAUCAGGGAGAAGCCGCUGUGUACGCACGGCAAAGAUUACAGCGACGCCCUGGAUGUCCUCAUGGAGAGCGCCAAAGAGAACGGCGCCGAGCUCACCAUGCAGGAACUCAAGGAGUCCACCAUCGAGCUGAUCUUCGCCGCCUUCGCCACCACGGCCAGCGCCAGCACCUCCCUCAUCAUGCAGCUCCUACGCCACCCGGCCGUCCUGGAGCGCUUGCGGGAGGAGCUGAGGGGGCGGGGCUUCCUCCACAACGGCUGCCUGUGCCCCGAGGGGGAGCUUCGAUUGGACACCAUCGUCAGCCUCAAGUACCUGGACUGCGUCAUCAAGGAGGUCCUCAGGCUCUACACGCCCGUGUCGGGGGCGUACCGGACCGCCAUGCAGACCUUUGAGCUGGACGGGGUGCAGAUUCCAAAGGGCUGGAGUGUGAUGUACAGCAUCCGCGACACCCACGACACGUCGUCCGUGUUUAAGGACGUCGACGCCUUCGACCCCGACCGUUUCAGCCAGGAGCGUGGCGAAGACAAGGAGGGGCGCUUCCACUAUCUCCCCUUCGGCGGCGGAGUGCGCUCCUGCCUGGGGAAGCAGCUGGCCACCCUCUUCCUGCGCAUCCUGGCCAUCGAGCUGGCGGCCACCAGCCGCUUCGAGCUGGCCUCGCGACACUUCCCCCGCGUGGUCACCGUGCCCGUGGUCCACCCGGUGGAUGGGCUGAAAGUCAAGUUCUACGGCCUGGACUCCAACCAGAACGAGAUCAUGGCCAAGUCGGAGGAGCUGCUCGGAGCCACCGUGUGAAGGCCGGAACGCUAGCGGAGAACGUGCCAUGAAGGGAGAAGAGCAAGGACAAGACAUUUUCUUCUGUUCCGUCAUUGAAGACUAAACAAAAAGAUGGAAGGAGUCUUCACCUCCUCUUCCAGCUGGUUGACUUUCCUCCAAGAAAGGAAAAAGCUGCCAAAAAGGUUCUGCUCUAAUCUGUUUCUUCUUCUCCAACUAAAUGUGUGCACACAAAGCUAAGGAGGAUCAUUGGAGCUUCUGGGGAAGCUGAGAUGGAUCAAACAGGGUACAGGAGGACAAAAACUUCUAACUGGGGUCCGCUGAAGUGUUUGACGUCCUGCUUGCAGUUCCCCAAAACUAAAAUGUCCCAUAGUUUGGUGAUUUGUCUUGCAUUUCCUGAUUGGCUGAACCUCUGAUCCUCUGAUGGUUUGUGAGAAGACGAGGCAACGCAACCAACCAGCAUCGAACACUCAACAUAUCGACACAAAGAUUCCAUUGAAGCCACUUUGUGACUGGCAUGAGAUCGGUGGGCGGAGCUUAGGCAAACUCCAACCAACCAAAACCCGAGAGGGACGGACCAAUGAGGUUUGAGGGUCUCCACACCACUCAGUUGUUGUUCAUGAAAGAAAAGUAUUGUUGUUGCUGCUUCUUUAUGGUUUCUAUAUCCAAACUAAUGUGCACCAUCUUUACCAUCAAAUAGUCAACAACCGAGUCAAUGUGUAUAUAAAUAUAAAUAUAAAGAAAUAAAUUUAAGAACUGCAUCUUGUAAAAAGCAAAAGGAGCGUGGUUGGUAUCGGCAAGGACAACCAUCUGCUACUACUAACCUAAUAUUAAUGUUAUUAUCUCGUUAGCGUGAAAGGAAAUACUGCAUUCAUAUAGGAUGUUCAUAGUUCAAAUUGCUGACUCGUGAACACAAAGAGAGGAGAGGACGAAGACAAAGCACUUGGAGGUUAGAAUAUUUUAGAAGUACAAGAGACUACAUUUCUUCAAUUGUACAUAUUUGUACUUUCUUUUUGUAACCUUGUUCAGUAUACUCCUGUAAUAAAACGUGGA